AUGGGUGUCGGACGUCGUAUGAAAAAGCAGGGUCCUCCUGCGCCCCUCGAUGAGUCAAAGAUUACUAUCUUGAAGAAGAGAAAGACCGCCGAGAGCGAGGCAGCUGCUAAGGCUGUGGCAGCGAAGAAGCGUCGGAGAUCCGACGCCGACGGGGAAGAUGUUGUGACCAAGAAAGAGACUGUGAAGAAGUCCAAAACAAAUGGAAACACCGCGGCUCCUGUCACAAAGGAGAGAAAGGUCGUCCAGGAAAAGACACCGGUUCAGAAGAAGAAGCCUGUGCCAAUGGACACGGACUCAGAGGAUGAGGAAAUGGAGGAUGAGUUCGAGGACCUGGACGGUAUUAGCGAGGGAUCAAUGGAUAGCCAAGAAGAUAUUGAAGGCUUGUCAGACCUGGAAAACGAUUCCGACGACAAUUCUGUUCUCGACUCCGAUGACGAGGGUCAUCCCCGCGAGACCAUGUUCUCUGACGACGAAGACCUUUCCGAUGCCGAGGAACGAUUGACUGCCGCCAACAUUGAGGGUCUCUCGCGGAAGUUGGAUCUUCAACGUCAGGCCGAGGAAGAGGAGGCCGAACAAGAGCUGCAGGAGGCCGCUAUGCAAACCAACAUUGCCGGUGACCGUCCCGAUGUCUUCGCUGACGAACAGCCUGCUGGACUUGCCCCAGACUUGCAGUUGCUCCGCCAGCGCAUUACCGAUACCAUUCGCAUCCUCGGCGACUUGAAGACGCUAGGCCAACCCGACAAAUCUCGCACCGACUACAUUGAUCUUCUCCUCAACGAUAUCUGCACAUACUACGGCUACAACAGGUAUCUGGCUGAGAAGCUGUUCAACCUUUUCACCCCUAUGGAAGCCUUCGCCUUCUUCGAGGCUAACGAGACGCCGCGCCCCGUUGUUAUCCGUACCAAUACCCUGCGCACCAACCGUCGCUCCCUCGCACAGGCUUUGAUCAACCGUGGUGUCGUGUUGGAGCCCGUCGGCAAGUGGUCGAAGGUUGGUCUGCAAGUCUUCGAGUCACCCGUGCCUCUCGGUGCCACCCCCGAGUACCUGGCUGGGCACUAUAUUCUUCAGGCUGCCUCCUCCUUCUUGCCCGUUAUGGCGCUUGCUCCUCAGCCUGGCGAGCGUGUUCUGGAUAUGGCUGCUGCUCCCGGUGGUAAGACGACGUAUAUGUCUGCUUUGAUGCGCAACACUGGCUGCGUGAUCGCCAAUGAUGCCAGCAAGCCCCGUGCUAAGGGUUUGAUUGGUAACAUCCACCGUCUCGGCUGCAAAAACACCAUCGUGACCAACAUGGAUGCCCGUACCGCUUUCCCCAAAGCCAUGGGUGGCUUCGAUCGUGUUCUGCUCGAUGCUCCCUGCACCGGUACUGGCGUCAUCUCCAAGGAUGCGGGUGUCAAGACCUCCAAGGACGAGAAUGACUUCAUGCGCAUUCCUCAUAUGCAAAGACAGCUGCUUUUGGCCGCAAUCGACUCCGUGGAUCACUCUUCCAAGACCGGUGGAUAUGUUGUGUACUCCACUUGCAGUGUGACCGUUGAAGAGAACGAAGCCGUGGUCCAAUACAUCCUGCGCAAGCGGCCCAACGUCAAGAUUGUUGAUACCGGUCUUGGCGACUUUGGCAGCCCUGGUUUCAUCAGCUACAUGGGCAAGAAGUUUGACGCUAAGAUGGCGCUGACUCGCCGCUACUUUCCCCACCGCGAGAACGUCGACGGUUUCUACGUCUGCAAGUUGAAGAAGACUGGACCUACCCCUGUUGCUAAGCCCGCCGACGACACCACUUCCGCAAAUGACAAGCCCCGUCGUCGCUCCAGCUCCAAGGCCUCCUCCACCACUGAUGCCGAUGAUGAAAUCAUUGACAGGACUCCCAUUGUUGAUGAGAACGGUGUUUCCGUCGACUUCGAGGGCGGUACCUUCGGUCCCUUCGAGGACGGCAACGACGACGCGGAGCGCAUCGCCCGCUCCGAGCGCAACCGUCUUCGUCGCAAGGGUCUCAACCCCAAGGGUGUGCUGAACAAGCCCAAAAAGGGCAAGGAGGGUGCCUCCACCCAGACUGAGACCGCAUCCGAUUCCGCUCCCUCGAAGGAGCAAGUGAAGGAGAAGACCGCCGAGAAGGAGACCAAGAAGAAGCCCGAGUCUGCAAAGAAGUCUUCCAAUGAGAGCAAGGGAGAGAAGAAGACUGCGGUCGGUGGAACCAAGAGCGACAAGAAGGAUAAGAGGUCCUCGAAGAAGGCCAGCAAAUGA